AUUAUUACAAAGUCUCAGUUAAUGCUUCACUAAACAUCAUUUUCGAGGUGCCUGUAUAAAUAAAUGCUAAGGCAGAUCAUGAUUAGUCUGUAGUAAGCAAUAACUAAGACUUUGCUAAUAUGGCGCCUAUAAUAUUAUUAUUGAUGAUUUGUGUUAUGAUUGCAUUUAGUGCGAAAGUCCACGUAAAGGAUAAUGCGGCAACAUUUUGGGAUCAAGCGCCACCAGGAUUUCUCUUACAAAAUUUGGAUGCUUUCAUAUAUGAAACUCAUCAAAUCGGUCAAACAUUAUCUCCGAAAUUGAAAGAGCCUGAAAAAGUGAUUAAACAACAAGAACGUUCUUCAAGAUCAGAGCCAGCAUUGCAAAGAAGAAAUGAUCAUAUCGAUAGUGACGAGCAGGAUAGCAAAACAGCUGAAACGAAGUCGGUUCCUUACGAUUACGAUCGAGCUUAUGAUGAGUUUGUGAAAAAAUAUUUUGACGACUCCAUGUCCAGAGCUGCCUCGCUCGAGUCUGAGCAUGAUUAUACGAAACCAUUAAGUGCCGAAGAAGACUUAACGUCGGCCGAACAAGAGCCUUUAACUGAUGCCAGUCGAAAGCAUUCAAGAACCGAAACAUGUAAGAACAUUACGAAACAUCGUCAAAAAUGUUUAAUUUGCAAAAAUCCACGAAAUGGCGAAACAUCGGAAAGUUGUUCUUAUAAUCGUGAAAGCUCUCCUCAGAGUUACGCCUAUGAAAAUAAAAAGAAUUAUCGUAAAUAUCGUAUAAAACCAAAAUUUGAAGAAAACAGCAGAGAAGACGAAUACGAUGGUAAAAAAUCCGCCUCAAAUAAAACAUUAGUGAAAACACCUUUCACCUACAAAUGCACAAUGAAGUCUUCGAACCGUAAGGUCUGCUAUCUCUGCGAAAAUCGCGAGGGCGAAAAGUUAUAUAAAUGUUAUGCUCAGACUAAGUCACCAAAAAUUGAUAAUCACAACAAUGGUAAACAUGGUCAGAAAUAUCAUAAACGUAUACACAAACGUACCGUUACAUAUAGUUUGCAAAAUACUCCACAAGAUAAGGAGCAAACAUCGCGAAAAUAUGAAAGUGGUUAUAACAAUCGUUCGGGUUUCCUGCUAAAUCAAUGA